UAUAGGACAUUGCGUGAACACAAAACUGUAUGGAAAAUGCUGAAAACAAUUCCAGAUUUGACCCGUCAGUUACCUGAGGAGCAUCUGAAAAUACUUAGUAAGAGUGUCACUUCUGAAACCUGGGUAAAAGGCAGCACAGUGGUUGGAGAUGAUGGAUUUUAUAUAAUACUGAAAGGUUCAGCUAGACCUCAAACAAAGGUACAUAGCAAUCUGAUUGAAAAAAAUGAGUCAACAGCUUCUUUCAUACCUCAGCGUUUCCAAGGAUUUGUCAAUGAAGACUUCAAAAACUUUAUGCUUGCUGAGAUGCACCCACCUUCACGUGAUGCAAUACUUCGACAAUGGAGUACCUUUGGAACCCUAGAAGUUGAAGCUCAGACUGAAUCACAAACAAAGGAGUACUCAGUGAUCACAGAAGAAGAUUGUGAAAUUCUUAAAAUCUCUGCAAAGAAUUAUGCAAGAUUUAAAUCGGAAAAAAUAAAACUCGAAAAUAAAGAAAAGGUGAAAUUAAUUCGUAAAUGUCCAUAUUAUGAAGAGUGGCCCACUUUAUCCAUACGUGAGCUAGUUGCACUCAUUAAAUGGAAAAAAUUUCCUCCAGGUCAUGUCUUUUAA